GUAUACCUCUUAUUUAUUUAUUGAAUAUUGAAGUGUUCAAGUUGAAAGCGAUAGAUUUGCUUAUUUUUCUUUUUUCUUUUCUCUCCCAAAAUAUUUUACGCAUAAUCAAUACAGAAAUUUUUGUGUAAUAGAAGUAAAUUAACAAAAAGAGGAAAAAUCUUUUUUUCUUUUUCUUUUAAAAAUAAUUUUUACUUUAACAAAUUAAAAAAAAUGAAUUUUUCUGAAGUAUUAAAGAAAAUUCCAACACCACAAGUUUCAAUGCCACAAAUACCACAAAUGAGUAAAUUCGGGAUAAAUAGUAAUAAAGAAGAUAUAGGAAAAGCUCCAAUUAAUAUGACACAGGAGGAUAUGCAACAACUGAUUCAUUAUAUUGGUGAAUCUGUUCUUAUUCCAGAGGAUGGAGCGUUUAUUGCAUUGUGGAUUCUUACUCUCAUUGAUCAUUGGAAUAAUGAACAUGAACGUUUAAUUGUAUUAACUGAAAGAAAUUUCUAUAUAUUAAGAUAUGAUUUUCUUCAAUGUCGUGUACGUGAUAGUCGUCGUGUAGGUCUUGGACAAUUGAUUAGUGUUAUAACUGGACCACUUGUAUUUCCAGCAAAAUCAUUAAUGCCUAUACGUAGUUCACCUGGUGUUCAAUUGAAAUGGGGUGAUGAAAAUGAUGUGAAAAUUACACAAAAAUGGAAUCCAUUAUGUCGUAGUCUACCUUAUGCUACAUUAACUCAUCAUCCACUUUAUUCUAAACGUGAUCAAUUACCAUCAAAACAAGUGAAUGUACCAGGUGCCGGUUAUGAGGAUUUAUCUAAUCCAGUAUCUGUAUACGAUGUGAAUAAUUUUCUUACAGCAUUACGAGAAGCUUGUUCUGGUAUGAAUAUUCAGUUUACCAAUGGUGAAAUUGUCAUUGAAAGUUAUGGUAAUUUAGGUAGUGUAGUAUUCAAUCAAAGUAAUUUGGGUUUUGCUAAACCAAAACCACUUACAUCAUGA